CGCGUUCGACUCUCUGCUGCUCCUGACUCUCUCCAGGAUAGUGCCGGGCGGAGAGAAAUUCAGGCCGAGCAAGUCGAACGAGGAACUCAGCUGAUGCAACCUAGUUCGACUCGCCUGACAGUCCCCUGCACGCGGCGGCGAGAACUGAGGAAGGGACACAGGUGCUGGGCUGAGCGAGGGGAAGCAGGGGUUGCGGAGCCAUGGGGGACACUCCCAGUCCUGAAGAGAAGCUGCACCUUAUCACCCGGAACCUACAGGAGGUUCUGGGGGAAGAGAAGCUGAAGGAGAUAUUGAAGGAGCGGGAACUUAAAAUUUACUGGGGAACAGCAACAACAGGCAAGCCACAUGUGGCUUACUUCGUGCCCAUGUCGAAGAUUGCAGACUUCUUAAAGGCUGGAUGUGAGGUGACAAUUCUGUUCGCGGAUCUUCACGCAUACCUGGAUAACAUGAAAGCCCCAUGGGAACUUUUAGAACUCCGAGCCAGUUACUAUGAGAAUGUGAUCAAAGCAAUGCUGGAGAGCAUUGGUGUGCCCUUGGAGAAGCUCAAGUUUGUCAAAGGCACUGAUUACCAGCUCAGCAAAGAGUACACACUCGAUGUGUACAGACUUUCCUCUGUGGUCACACAACAUGAUGCCAAGAAAGCCGGAGCUGAGGUUGUAAAGCAGGUGGAGCACCCUUUGCUGAGUGGCCUAUUGUACCCUGGACUACAGGCUUUGGAUGAAGAAUAUUUAAAAGUAGAUGCCCAAUUUGGAGGCGUUGAUCAGAGAAAGAUUUUCACCUUUGCAGAGAAGUACCUCCCUGGACUUGGCUACUCAAAACGGGUCCAUCUGAUGAAUCCUAUGGUUCCAGGAUUAACUGGCAGCAAAAUGAGCUCUUCAGAGGAAGACUCCAAGAUUGAUCUCCUUGAUCGGAAGGAGGAUGUGAAGAAAAAAUUGAAAAAGGCAUUCUGUGAGCCAGGAAAUGUGGAGAACAACGGAGUUCUGUCCUUCAUCAAGCAUGUCCUCUUUCCCCUCAAGUCUGAGUUUGUGAUCCUUCGAGAUGAGAAGUGGGGAGGAAAUAAAACCUACACGGCUUACAUGGACCUGGAAAAGGACUUUGCUGAUGAGGUCGUACACCCUGGAGACCUAAAGAAUUCUGUUGAAGUCGCCCUAAACAAGUUGCUGGAUCCCAUCCGGGAAAAGUUUAAUGCUCCUGCUCUAAAGAAGCUGGCCAGCGCUGCCUACCCAGAUCCUUCCAAGCAGAAGCCAGUUGCCAAAGGCCCUGCCAAGAAUUCAGAACCAGAGGAGGUCAUCCCAUCCCGGCUGGAUAUCCGUGUGGGGAAAAUCAUCAGUGUGGAGAAGCACCCAGAUGCAGACAGCCUGUAUGUGGAGAAGAUUGAUGUAGGGGAAGCUGAACCACGGACCGUCGUGAGCGGCCUCGUGCAGUUUGUGCCUAAGGAGGAACUGCAGGACAGGCUGGUGGUGGUGCUGUGCAAUCUGAAACCCCAGAAGAUGAGAGGAGUUGAGUCCCAAGGCAUGCUUCUGUGUGCUUCCAUAGAAGGGAUGAGCCGCCAGGUUGAACCUCUAGACCCUCCUGCAGGCUCUGCUCCUGGUGAGCGAGUAUUUGUGAAGGGCUAUGAGAAGGGUCAACCAGAUGAGGAGCUGAAGCCCAAGAAGAAAGUCUUUGAGAAGUUGCAGGCUGACUUCAGAAUUUCUGAGGCGUGCAUCGCACAAUGGAAGCAAACCAACUUCAUGACCAAGCUGGGGCACAUUUCCUGUAAAUCACUGAAAGGGGGGAACAUCAGCUAGCCAGCCCAGCAGCUGGCUUUUCUCACCAUCCCAAGUCAUCUGUCUUUUCGGUUUGCUCCAUCCAUCACCUGUUUGUCCAUCUCUCAGGACACUGAAACAACAGUGCAGAACUCAGUGAGGGGCAGUUCCCCUCAGAAUCUGGGAUCAUCCUGUCUGGCUGCAGUGAGAGACUGCUCCCUGGACUGGGCAGCAGCAGGCAGUCCAGUGCUGCCUUCUUCCCUUGGCUGCUGACUUGAGAAAUCUGGUUUCAAUAUAAUUCGUAGAAAACAUUGCCAGUCCUUGUAAUUGGAAAAAUAUUGGUUCCCAGGUUUUCUUGGUGUUAUCCCGCAGCUGUUGCCUCUAGCUGGGAUCUAGUACCUGGACUAGACUAAUUACAGCUUCUCCCCAACAGGAAAUUGUGGGAUUUGAAAAGGAAAAAGAAGGGAAAACAGAGAAGCUAGUGGUCUACCCAGUGGUUGGCAGCUUUCCCAAACCCUGCCUACCCUGAGGCUUGGCAUUGGACUGUGGAGACUGCCCCAGGGCUUCUGGAAUUUCUCUUAAUCCAGCUGGGUUGGGAUAUUCCCUAAGCCAGCUGUGUGUUGUUAGCAUCAGGGUGGUUAGCACAGAGGGGUUCUUUCUUCACAGAGAGUGGGUACUUCUCCAUAAGGCAUCUCAAUCAAAUCACUAGCCAUCACUAUAAUAAAUUCAAAUAAAAUGUCUGAACAAGGG